CUAGCCGUGCAAUGUACAAGCUAAUUAGAACAAAAUCAAAAAACAUUCAUCUUUAUCCAUCUCUCUCUCUCUCUCUCUCUCAAUUUUACUACUAGUAGAUCCAUGGCUUCCGACAUUAUUUUCCUCCCCGCUGCAAAGCUCCGAGUGCUUGCCGAACGAAUUCAUCUCAUUGAACGAACAAACUUAGCGGACAUCCAAUUUGCUUCAACAACCGAAGAAGUGGUUUAUCUCCGAAUCUCCAACUCCAAUCUUCAAUCCGUUGGGAGCAUUCUAGAUGCAAGUGAUGCAGCAGUGACCAAGUAUGCGAGCGACGCCGUUCGCCGUCCUAUUGCUUCUCUCAUCUUUGCUUACACAGAGACAUGCCUCAACAAUGCGCUGCAGAUCUUCAACAACUACACUGUUCGAAAGGACAACCUUGACAAAAUCACCACCCAUCUCCAAAACCUUAUCAAAGAAUUGGAUGAUCUGGACACUUCCAAUUCCGCCGAUGUUACGGCUCUCACCGAGAAAAUCGAGAAGUUCAACGAGGCUAUUACCAACUACACCAAGAUGACUGCAAAUACCCGUGCUUCUGAAGAUUUCUCUAGACGUCUCAAGGACAGCGGCAUCGACUUCCCUACCUUGGUCCGAAGGUAUCAGGCAAAUCUUGGGUUUUCUGGACAAUUUGAAAAGCUGACAGAUGAACAGAAGAUAUUGGUGUAUGAUUCAAUAAUAGAGGCUUCAGGUCGGGGAAAAGUACUCACUCAUAAAGUUCUAAAGGCAAUUUCUGUGCCAGGAAGUUUUAGAAGCAAUCAAUUGAAAGAUAUAACCAUUGAGGAUGCUUUUGGAAAAGCAGUGCUGCUGAAGAAUGCAGCAGUCAUAACUUGGGAUGUAUUUACGGCUGAGCACCCAAUCAAAGCAGUGACACGUGAUGCAAUUGUGAUAGCAGCUAACAAAGGAGGGGCAUUAUUGGGAGAUAUAGUUUCAGCUGCCAUGGUGACAUUAGAGGUUGCAGAGGCAUCUGCUCUGUUCGUUACAGGGGUUGGAUUUGUGGUUGGCUUUGCGGCAGGUUUUAUUGUUGGUCAAAUUGCUGGCGCUGUUUUCGAUGCAAUUUUCGGCUCAGGAGGGUCUGAUCCUCUGCCUAAUCAAGACCAACUCUUCUAUGCAGCUACUAUGCCUGACGGCAAAGAGUUGGCCAGACUUAUUGCCUAGACUUCGACCAUAUCAAAUAAAUAAUCUAAGCUCGGUGCAUGUCCAAUAAAAAUAAAAAUAAAAAUAAUUGUCUACUAGACCAUCCUUAUUUACCAAAAAAAAAAUACUAGACCAUCCUUUAUACAAGGAAUUAAUAAUUUCAUCUAUGGAUAAUGUUCGGUAUCUUGCUUAUGUAUUGUUUUGAAUUGCACCAAUAAAAUAAUUUACGUUUGAGUAA